GGCGCAUGCGCUGCGUCGGGACGCGACAGACGCGGUCACUGGGCGCCAGCGACUGCGGCGCGUGAACAUGGCUGAAUCCGGACCGAAGUCGGUGCUGUUCGUGUGUCUGGGUAACAUUUGCCGGUCGCCCAUUGCAGAAGCAGUAUUCAGAAAACUUGUAACUGAUCAAAACAUUUCAGAUAAUUGGGCCAUUGACAGCGGCGCUGUUUCCGACUGGAACGUGGGCCGGGCUCCAGACCCAAGAGCUGUGAGCUGCCUAAGAAAUCAUGGCAUUAGUACAGACCAUAAGGCAAGACAGGUCACGAAAGAGGACUUCGCAACAUUCGACUAUAUCCUGUGUAUGGACGAAAGCAAUCUGAGAGAUUUGAAUAGAAAAAGUAAUCAAGUUAAAAACUGCAAAGCUAAAAUUGAACUGCUUGGGAGCUAUGAUCCACAGAAACAGCUCAUCAUUGAAGAUCCCUAUUAUGGGAACGAGUCUGACUUCGAGCUGGUGUAUCAGCAGUGCCUCCGGUGUUGCAGAGCCUUCCUGGAGAAGGCCUGCUAGGGCUGGCCCCGCUGUGGCUUGCAUUCAUCCAUCCCAGCUCUGCCCUUGCCUGUGCUCAAGCCCCAGUCCCCAACUGUUUCUCUACCUGACUUUACUGUUUCCUUUUUAAAAAAUAAUUGUAGGUGCAGAUCUGCUGUAUUUGCAGAAGAAUAAAUAAAUAUGCUUGAUUUGGUAUUAAAGAGUAUAAUAAAUAUUCUUAGACUAGUUGAACAUCCCACUUCAUCCUGUUUACAGAGCAGUGAAACACGCACAUACAGAAUAGCAACAUAGAGCACAGUGGAGCAAGAAUGACCCAAGGCACAUGUCAGCCUCGUAGCCCAGGAGGACCUGGACAGUUUGUGCUACCUCAAGGGAGGGUAUGGACGCUGCCCUCUGCUCUGCUGUGACCUCUCCUCCCGGGCCCCACCCGCGUCACAGCAGCCCAUCCGCAGCAGCUCUUCACCGACAUCAGCAGUGCUUUAGCUCAUGCACAUUCAUGAUGCACAGUGUAUGCGUGUGAUCAGAAAAUGCAGUCAGUGGCCCUGGAGAGGAAGGCACCAUGAACUCUUCGCAGAAGCUACCCUCUUGCUCUGCACAUGUUUGUCCCAUUGGUCCUGUCACUUCUGCAGCUCUGAAGUCAUCUUUCCUGCAUAUCUGUAGUCGGGCUGUCCUGGCGGCCUUGAUAUCCUGAAUCAAUGGAAAUUUUUUCCUUUCACAGUCAUUUUGAGUUUGGGGUGAACCACAGAUCACAGGGUGCCAGGCUGGGUGUGUAAGGUAGAUAAGUACACACUCCUGGCUCUAGGAGCUGCCUUUACACUGGAUGACACUCAGUGGCAGCAUCACUGUAGCUUUGAUCACACUUUGUAAGGACAUGAAAGAGGAUUUGCAGAACUGCUUCAGAAAGGGGCAGGACUUUGGGAGAAGAGCGUUUGAAGCUAUAGAGAGUAUUUUUAAGGGGAUUCGUGGGAGUAUGUCUUACUGUAAUUUUUUCUUUAAACAUUCACUGUAUUUUGAUCAUACCUCCUUCAUUUAAGAUACAAAAGGUAUUAGUAGAAUUGUUGGUUUAAUACCUGUUGGUAUUGUCCAGUUUAUUUAAUGAGAUCUGCUUAUUUGCUCCCAUUUAUUUUAUUUUUUAUUUUUAUUUUUUGGCGGAGCUGGGGAUUGAACUCAGAU